GCACUUGUUGCAUUCCACUUCCGAACACCACACCAAACAACACCAAACCAAACUCGCUCGUGUUGCGUCACUCUCGCUAACAUCAUCGAUUCGAAUCGCCUCGACUCGACAAAAACAUUCCCACCCGCGCAUCGUCUCUGCUCCGGACCGACGACAAUCGCCCUGAGCGCGAGUAUGCGCCGAGGACACGAUGCGGGACAUCUCACCAUGCGCCUCUUCCACUCCGUCCUCGCCAUUGCCGGCCUGCUCUCCGCCUUCGCCAAUGCUCAAUUCCCUUCCACCUCGGUCAACCUCACCACAAUCACUUCGCCCGUAGACGGCAAUGUCACCAUUCGCUACAAAACGCCCAAGGGUGUCUGCAAGACCGCCUACGAUACCCAGCAACAAUACACAGGAUGGAUCAACGUCCCCGGCCCUUACCCAGCAAACAUGUUCUUCUGGUUCAUCGGCGCCCGCGAACCUACAGAGGCCAUGACUAUUUGGCUCAACGGCGGCCCCGGUGUCAGCUCUCUCUUUGGCAUGUUCACCGAGGUCGGUCCUUGCGAGGUUAUUGAGAAGGGCCUGAACCAGUACGACACUGUGGCGCGAGAAUGGGGAUGGGACCGCGCUUCCAACAUGCUCUUCAUCGACCAGCCGAACCAAGUUGGCUUCUCGUAUGACAUUGCCACCAAUGGCUCCAUGGAUCUGUUCAACGCGAAUCAGUCGAGUCCGCCUCAGCCAGUCCCCAAUGGACAGCUCCCAGCGACGUUUCUCAACGGCACCUUUAGCUCGCUGAACUCCAACAACACGGCAAAUACCACCGAGACGGCUGCGUAUGCGAUAUGGCACAUGCUUCAGGGCUUCUUGGGCGCAUUUCCCCAGUACAACCCUCCAAACAACAGCUCUUUAGGCAUCAAUCUUUUCGCUGAGAGUUAUGGCGGAAAGUACGGGCCUGUUUUCUCUGAUGUUUGGGAGAAGCAAAACGAGAGACGGCAGAACGGGACGCUGUCGGCCAACAACACGCUCGAAGUCCACCUCACGUCCCUGGGCAUUGUUAACGGCUGCAUCGACGAUCAGGUUCAGGCGGAAUUCUACCCGGCCAUGGCUACCAACAACACGUACGGUUUCAAAGCGAUGAACGACGUCCGCGCGAGCCUGGCCAACGGCAGCUUGUACACCUCGGGCGGCUGCCUGGACUUGAUCAAACAAUGUCGCACCGCCGAGUCCGUCUACGACGCCAACAACACCGGCGGGGUGGAUACAGUAAACACCCUGUGUUCCAGGGCCUAUCAGACCUGCAACGAGAAUGUCAUGACGCCGUACUCCGAGUCCGGCCGCAGCUGGUAUGACAUUGCGCGCAAGAACCCGGAUUCGUUUCCGCCCAGUACGUAUCUCGAGUAUGUCAACACUGCGGGCUUUCAGCAAUCCAUUGGCUCCGUCGUCAACUUCACGAUGACGAGUCAGGCUGUUUUGUCCGCCUUUUCUGGCACGGGUGACUACAUGAGAGGACCCUUGAUCCCUAAACUGGCCGGUCUCUUGCAGCGCGGUAUCCGCGUCGCUCUGAUCUACGGUGAUCGUGACUACAUCUGCAACUGGCUGGGUGGGGAGGCCGCGUCGACGACUCUCGCUUGGCAAGCUAGCACCGUGUACGGACGCAACUUCAGCGCCGCCGGUUAUGCGCCUAUCAUUGUCAACAACUCGUACAUCGGCGGCGUCGUGAGGCAAUUUGGAAACCUAUCCUUCAGCCGCAUCUACCAGGCCGGCCACUCGGUGCCAGCCUACCAGCCCGAAACCGCCUUCCAGGUCUUUGCGCGUGUCAUCAUGGGCACGUCCAUCUCGACGGGCGAUCAGGUCAAUCUGGCCAACUACAAUACCUCUGGCGAUGCCCACGCCACGCACACAGAUAAGCUGCCAGACUCGCCUGCUGCCACCUGCUGGCUGCGCUACAUGCAAGCGUCAUGCAGCGACGAGCAGAUCAGCAUGCUCCAGCGCGGCGAGGGGACAGUCAUCAACGGCGUGCUUUACAGUGCCUCGAGUGACUGGCCUUUGGCCACCAAGGCCCCGACUUCUACACAGCCUGCCGCAUCCACAUCAUCUACGGUCCUUACGGGAUUAUUCACAGCGACGUCGACGCCAACAAGCGGGAGCUCGACGGUCCAGGCACCAAUGAUGCCUCUUGUGGCAUUUGUUACACUUUCGAUUAGCAUGUUUAUGAUUGGUGCGAUGGGAAGUGGUUGAUUGAAAAGUCAUCAUAAAACUUUGGAGCAUCGUCUACGUGGCAAAGCAUUAUACUUGCAUCCUUGGUUGGCAACUAGAGAGCAUGUGGACGGCCUUGAGAAUCAUCUUGGUUGGGCGUUUCUGGGCAUUUUGGAUGUGAAGGAUGAAAACAUGGAAGGGACCAAAAAUGGGAGAGAAGCACUACAGAUAUGUGCUGGAUAUGUUUUUGAUUUGUGUUGGUUGAAGACUUAAUGAUACCCCC